AUGACUAACAGUUCCUGUAAUGGUUCUGCUUGUAGUUUAAAUGUAAAACAUGUUGCCACAUUAUUUGAAGAAGUUCAAAAUCGUUAUGUUACUAAAUUAGCCAGUAUUGAUGAAAAAAAUAUUCAAAUCGAUGAACGUUACAAACAAAAAUUGUCGGUCUAUGAAAAUUAUGUUAAAGAUUUAUCCGUUCAAACUCGUCUACUUUUACAAAGUUUAGAUGAAUUAGAAAAAGAAGCAAAUCAACGUGUAACACUUCUUGAAAAUAAAUUAAAAAAAACACAUGCAACAUUACAAAGCAAUUAUUCAUUAUCAGAUGUCACUAAGACCGUAUCGACUGUUGAAGCUGAAAAAUGGAAGUUAACACACGAUAAUCUCGAUUUGAAACAUGAUUUAGAUUCUUUAGUAUCGUUUAUUAAUCAUGCGAAGAGAACUGGUCGAUGGGAAACGAAAAAACUCAAUCUUAUUCACAUUCCAUAUGAGAAAAUCGUUGGUGUAACAUCAGAUGAUUUAAGUAAAACAGUUGUGAAUCCAUUAUCAAAUGAAUUAAAAUAUCGAAAUGAUCGAAUAGAAAUAUUACAGAAAGAAAAUGAUCAAUUAAGACAAAUUCAAAAUGAUUUAACAAAAAAAGUAAUUUUAUAA